AUGUCCCUGUUCGGUUCCUCGCCCACUGAAAGUGCGCCACUAAACUCCAAAUCUCUGUUUGGCGACGAACCGGUGCACAAAACAUCCACACCAUCUCUCUUUGCCGACGAUGGAGGCGACUCGCCAUGGUCAAUGCCUACUCCCAAAAAGUCGGCGCGCCAGAAUCUAGUCAAGAAUCUUCUCCCGGCCACCGACGUGCCCGAGAGCUAUGUCGAUGCAUAUGAUGCCGUGUUGCAUGCGAACGAGAGGACGGGAGUGGGCAUUGGUUUGGCAGGCAUCAAGCGCCUUCUACAGAGCAGUAAUCUCAGUGAGCAGGAACAAACAAAGAUCUUGAAUUUUGUGAUCCCGGGUGGCCAGGAAAGUGCCAAUGGGGUCGGCAGGAGCGAGUUCAAUGUUUUGCUCGCUCUGGUCGGAUUGGGUCAGGAGGGUGAAGAUAUCACCCUUGAUGGCGUAGAUGAAAGGAGGCGAAAAUUGCCCGAGCCCAGAAUUGGAUACUUGGAUCAAUUACGGGCAAGCAGCGCCCGGCCGCAGGCCCCCUCUCCCCCAGCAGCCAAAGCCACCCCAGUCAGACCACAAAAACCUCGAGAAGACUCAUUUGGAAACGAUCCAACGUCGGAUCCCUGGGCGAGUCCGUCCAACCACAGACUGCCGCCCCCCUCCACCACUGCUCACACCAUGUCUGUCAACGGCGCCUCUGACGAUGGUGCUAAGAGCAUUCCCAAUGGCAUUGCAAGAACAACAAGUGCCUUCACGACUGGAGCUAGCCAUGGCAGUAAUAACGGGAGUCCAACAAAUGAGCGUCCAUCCGAAAGUGCAGGUACUGGGUGGAACAGCUACAACGGCAGUUCGGGAGGCUUCUCAGAGCAACCCACUCUUGGUGGAGGGUUCGGGGAUCCGGGAGACAACGAGCAAUCAAAUCGACAAGAUCAAGAGCCACGAAGUGCGGUGGCACAAAGUAUCAGUCUACCACUUGGGACCGGCGAAACCGUCAUCAUCACAACACUGCCGGAAAAGGAGGGAAUGUUUAUGUUUCAACAUCGAAAUUAUGAAGUCAAGACAACUCGGAGGGGCAGUACUGUUGUGAGGCGAUACAGCGAUUUUGUUUGGUUGCUCGACUGCUUGCAAAAACGAUAUCCUUUCAGGCGUCUCCCGCUAUUGCCUCCCAAACGGGUCCAAGUGAACGGAGCUCAUCUCACGGCAGAUGCCACGGUCUUUCUCGAGAAACGCAGACGAGGACUGGUUCGAUUUUCGAAUUCACUUGUUCAACAUCCAGUCUUGAGUCAGGAGACCCUUGUGGUGAUGUUCCUGACCGUGCCAACAGAGCUUGCAGUUUGGCGAAAACAAGCUACUAUCUCUGUCCAAGAAGAAUUCACCGGUAAGGCUUUGCCGCCCAGUUUGGAGGACAGCCUGCCAUCUAAUCUUCCCGAACUUUUCGACCAAGUACGACAAGGCGUGCGCCGCUCGGCAGAGGUCUACAUUAGUCUUUGUGUUUGGAUGGAACGAUUGGUGAAGCGGAACGAAGGACUUGCUCUGGACAGUUUGAAGUUCUCGAAUGCCCUGUCUCAUCUCACCGAAUGCAGCAACGAUACGUAUGCAAUUGAUCCGAACGAUGUGCCGCUCCUAAAUGAAGGGAUCAAGUCGACAGCCAAACACCUUGCCACUACCCAGACAUUGCUCGAGGACGAGGCCAAAGCUUGGGAUACAGGAGUGCUUGAGGAUCUCAAAUCGAUCCGUGAUAAUUUUGUGUCUAUGCGUGAUUUGUUUGAUCGACGAGAUCGGUAUGCCAGGGACAACAUACCUCAGCUAGAGCGACGUAUCGAAGCAUCCGAAAAUAAGUUGCAACAAUUACGACAGAAGCCACCGGGACAAGUGAAGCCAGGAGAAAUUGAGAAAGUGGAAAGCAGCAUCAUGUCUGAUAAGGAGAGCAUUGUACAACAACAUGCUCGCGGCAUCUUUAUAAAGGAAUGCGUGAGGGAUGAGAUUGUGACAUUCCAGACGACCAUCUAUGCCAUCAGCCGUAUGCAUCAAGACUGGAGUCAAGAGCGGGUCAAGUAUGCAGAACUGCAGGCCAGCAACUGGCGCAGUCUGGUCGACCAGUUGGAGAGCAUGCCGGUUGCAGAAUAA